AUGUGGGACGACGAGGAUAACAAUCCGUAUGGCUCCUUCGCCCGCCACGACUCCAAUUCCAAUGAAGUGCCUGGCCUGUCUUCGCCCGGAGCUUUACCGUAUCGCCCCGCGACACCGCCCUCGGAAGCAUCCUCCCCCGCUCAUGAUUCGCCCGAGUACGUUCCCGGACGAGGUCUUACCGAAAUAAACUACGAUGACAACGAGAAUGAAGACGAGGAUGAGGACGGGGCCGAGUCUGGUGGAGAGCCCAUAGUGCCCAAAAAAGGCGGUUAUGACAGCCGCGCGGAGCAAUGGUUGUACGAGAAUCCCGACUCGCCCAUCUUGAUCACGUAUGCUGGGAAGAACGUGGAAGGCGGCGGGAACUGGAUCACAUACACAAUCGCGACUGGGGGCAUGGAGGUACGGCGCAGAUACUCUGAGUUUGCUUCUCUGCGCGCAACGCUGGUCAACCUGCAUCCCACUCUCAUCAUACCACCAAUACCCGAGAAGCACACAAUGGCAGACUACGCUGCGAAGCCGACCAGGGCAAAAGAGGAUGCAGGAAUAAUUGAGCUGAGGAAGCGCAUGCUGGCUGUCUUCCUCAAUCGUUGUAGGAGGAUGAAGGAGGUCCUUGAGGAUGGCGUGUUCUGGAGAUUCCUCGAUCCUCACACGAGCUGGAACGAAGUGCUCCAUGCGCCGCCGGUCUCGAACAUUCCCAAGCAGAUCCUCAAGGCACCCCCGCUCGAUACCGCAAACCCCUCACAAGCCCAUAGCUACCUUCCCGUCCCAUCAUCCUCCGCGAAGCUCAGAUCCGGCGGCACAACGUCGUCAUCCGGAACGCCCACCGCCCCCCCGAACCAUGCCGCACAGCCCUCUACAGCCGCACAUACAACACCAGGCCCGCAGAUCUUCGGUCGAUUCCCUCCAGAGUCCAAAAACCUCACUGAAGAGGACCUAGACCCGUAUUUUGUAAAUUUUGAAACCUCAUCGAAAGAGCUGGAGAACCUACUACAGGGCAGCAUGGAGAAGGUCAACAGACGCACAUUGUUGCAUCUAUCAGCUCUGGGAGAAGAUUUGGCCGAGCUGGGCGCCCGCUUCAAUGCCUUCUCCCUGUCAGAGCAAUCACAAUCGCUAGCUGGUGCGAUAGAGAAGACAGGCCAAGCGGUGGAUUCCACAUACAUAGCAACCGCGGAGCUCUCUUCUUCCUUAAGCGCCAGCUUCGCCGAGCCCAUGCGCGAGAGCGCACAGUUCGCGGGCGUCGUCCGCAGCGUACUACGCUACCGCGUUCUAAAGCGAAUACAAGAAGAAAUGACAAAAGACGAACUCCAAAGGAAACGCUCCCUGCUCGAAUCCCUCGAACACAGCGAAGCCGAAGCCAAGCGAUUAGAACAACAUCUCAGCGGCACCGGUGCCUACCCACAGCCCGUCCGCGGCCGCACUACCUCGAACAGCUCACAGCGCAGCAGCGGCCACGAUAGACGGCCUGAGGAAGACACCGCAUCGAUUGAUUCGGAUUUCCCGCCUACACAUGGCGAGGUCCCGUCGAGCUCGCAAGGGAGCCCUGAAGCCAGCACGACAUCACCAACAAGUCCGCAUAAGAAGAGCCCGAGUGGGAACUUUGUAACGAAUAAGCUGUUUGGGCCGAUCACGCAUGCGUUUAGGGGAAUGGCGGAUGUGGAUCCCGAGAGGACGAGGAGGGAUCAGAUUGGGAAGACGAGGGAGAGCUUGCAUCAGCUCGAACAAGCAGUAGUCGUGGCCGAGAAGGACACCAAGGACGCGAGCUCCGGCGUGCUGAAAGACCUGCGGCGCUUCCAAGCAGAGAAGGAGAACGAUUUGCGACGGUACAUGAUUGAAUUCGCGCAAUGUCACAUCGACUGGGCGAAACGCAACCAGGCCGCGUGGGAAGAAGCAAAAAGCGAAGUCAACAACAUCCAGCCGCACGUAGCCGUGGACGAGUAG